GCUAGCAGCAGCUUUAGCCACAGUUAGGAAAGAUAUACACGGCCGCCUGUCAGCGCUGUAACGUUAGAGGUUCACUCUCUGUAUUUUAUAAAACGGUGUUUACGUGUUAGAUAACCGUUAUCAGUCAUUGUCAAUUUACCAUUCUCCAACUGUAUUCAAAGGAACCAGCUUCCGAUCAUGAGUAAACCAGCUAGCAGCAGCUUUAGCCACAGUUAGGAAACAUAUACACCGCCGCCUGUCAGUGAUGUAACGUUUAGAGGUUCAUUUUCUGUAUUAAUGGAAAAUAAAGGGCAGCUUCCAACAACGUUGUUUAGAAUAGUAUUUUAAAUAUUGACUUAAAAGAUUUACAUGCAUCAUUCACAUAUUCUGAUGUGAUUCAUAAUUUCUCUUUUUGUUUUGUUGUAUUUUUCCAUCUUUCUCAGCAACGACCCAUCUAUCAAACAAGCAUGGCACAAUCAUCAAACCGUUGCUAUUGUAGUGUGCCAUGCUGUUCAAAUAACAAACAAAAACAACCCUAUUUGAGCUUCCAUGACUUUCCUGUGGAUGUGGAAAAACGUGCCCGCUGGGUAAGAGCAAUCAGGAGAGAUGAAGGAAAAAUAUUUCAAAUCCUCAGAGGGAGCACCUUUGUCUGCAGCCAGCACUUUACCCCAGAGGAUAUAAGUACAACAGCCAGUGGAAGAAAACGGAUUAGUCAAGGAGCUGUGCCUUCUAGAUUUCACUGGAAUGAUUGGGGGAGAAGUUCACAAGCUCAUGAGUCUGUUUACAGGCGAACCAAAAAGUCUCUCAGUGCUGCUGUUCAGGAUGACUCACAUAAGAUUGCUGACCCUGAGGACUCCUCAAAGGAAAAAUUGCCUGCAGGUCCAAUGGCAAAAGACCAUGACUAUGCCUGUCAUUCUUUUCCGGGUGAACUACACGGUGCCAUACAGAGAAUUAAAGAGUUGGAGUUCCAAGUGUUAUCACUUGAAAUGGAAAUCCAGGAGCUAACUCUUCAAAAGAAGCAGCCAGUGAUUUUCAGGUUUUGUUUGACAGAUGAAGAUUUCCGUUAUUACACCAAAUUCACCUCAAAAGAGGUCUUCAAUGUGUUUUGGGAGUCAGUUUACCCUUCUGCUUCAAGGCUAGUGUAUUGGUCCAAGGCACAGCGGACUGCAGAAGAAAUACCUAGUCCACAGCGAAAACUUCCACUCAUUGAUGAACUGUUUAUGUUUCUUUGCCGUGUUGCAGCUGGACUUCAGGAGAAGACUUUGUCGACCAUCUUUGAGGUCAGUUUGUCUACAGUUAGCCGCACCAUUUUAACAUGGACUAGUUACCUUUACCUGGUUCUUGGUUCGCUGUCAUUGUGGAUGACAAGAGAGCAAGUUCAGCGCACCAUGCCUGACAAAUUUAAACAGUACUGCCCUCACGUGCGUGCGAUUAUAGACUGCACUGAGAUCCGUUGUGAAACUGCAUCCUCACUCACACUACAGUCAGAAACCUUUUCAAACUACAAAAACCACACCACCUUUAAAGGUCUGAUUGGCAUUGCUCCUUGUGGGAUUAUAACAUUUGUAUCCAGACUGUACACAGGCUCCAUCUCCGACAUAGAAAUAACUCGAAAAUCACAGAUAUUAACGUUACUUCAGCCUGGAGAUGGGGUUAUGGCCGACAAGGGUUUCCAGAUAGAGAAGAUUCUGUCAGAGGUGGGAGCAACGCUUAUCAUUCCUCCACUUAAAAAAUCCACCCAACUCAGCAUGGAGGACACCCAGAAGACCCAGGCUAUUGCUCGGCUGAGGAUUUUAGUUGAAAGAGCCAUACGAAGGGUGAAAGAGUACCAUAUCUGGGAUGGUCUUGUUCCUCUUUCUAUGGUAGGCUCAGUCAAUCAGCUGUGGGUCAUCUGCUGUCUACUUUCAAACUAUCAGGGACCUCUGGAUCUAAAAGGCGACAAACCUGUGUAGAGCCUCUUCUCCUGCAAGUCACAGCCCUUGGAUGAGCAUUAAUGUAAACAGUUGUGUUAUAAACAAAAUCUCUCCAUAUAUAUGACCUGUAUUUGUUUUUAUUAUUGAAUAAAUGAAUAGAUGUGUACAGUUCUAUCAAAUCUAUUGUAAAUAGCUUAUCUUGAGGAAGCUACAUAUGUACAACCUUUACAUUUAAAUUGCACUUUCUUGUACAUUUUACACAUCUGUCAAUGAAGUAUUUGAAUGAGAGAAAAUGUUCAAAUUAACGUUUUUAUUGUGGAACAAAGAAGAUUUGUGGCCAUCAAUUGCAAACAUUAAUAGAAUAAUUAUAUUACAAAAUGAA